AUGUCUCAACCUCAAGACCUUCUUGACUCAGUGGCAGGUCAGCUUCACAACCUGCCCCUUAUGGUCACACCCGAGACUUGCUUGGGCCGCUCAUACAUCAUCACUGGAGCCAACUCGGGGCUUGGGUUUGAAGCGGCGAAGCAUCUUGUCUCUCUCGGCGCGGGAAAAGUGAUCAUGGCGGUCCGUAAUCUCGGCGCCGGCCAAAAGGCCAAGGCCAGCAUCGAAGCAAGUACAGGAAAGACUGGUUCUGCGGAGGUCUGGCAUCUUGACCUUUCCAGUUAUGAGUCUGUCAAAUACUUUGCUAAACGAGCUACCCUCGAGCUUGACCGCAUCGACGCCUUGGUUGAGAACGCUGGUGUGGCCAUUGAUAUUGACAGCCAGGCUGAAGGUCAUCCUGUCACAUUCACUGUCAAUGUGUACAGCACUUUCAUGCUGGCAGUGCUCCUCUUGCCCAAGAUGAAAGAGGAUGCCCAACGACUCAACAUUGUCCCUCACAUUGCGAUUGUCUCCAGCUCGGUGGCCUUUUCCGCACAACCUCUCUGGGACCUAGGCAAAGGUGCCGCUAACCCGGUGGACAAAAUCGUCCAAGUGGGGCAGCUGGACACGACCGGCGGGUAUACUGUAUCGAAACUCCUCGAGGUGCUCGCAGUUCGACAUUUAGCCCCACUACUGCCAGUUUCUAGCACUGGAGUGGUUCUUAACUUGGUCUGUCCCGGUCUUUGCAAAACAGACAUUGGCCGCAAUGCAUCCGAUGACAUCAAAGCUGUUGCCGGAACUAUGAUGGAUCGAAUUGGCCGCACCUCUGAGGACGGUAGCCGCACACUUCUCUUUGCCGCUACUGCCGGUAAAAGUAGCCACGGCAAGUUUACUGCUGAUUGCGAGAUCAAAGACGAUUCUAUCAUCCCCGAUUGGAUUAAAGGGAAGGAGGCGGAAGAAGAGCGGAAGCGAUUGUGGGAUGUUAUUGCUAAAGAGAUUGAGGCUGCUGCGCCUGGUAGUCUUGCUAAGAUUUUCAAUUAA